AAACCGCCAUCAUGCCUAAAGUUGAUCCAGAAAUUCAAAAAUUAUACGAUGAAAUCAAUGGAAUGAUUGAAAAAUUCAGGGAGGAUCAAAAAGCCAAAGCUGAUUGUACGCUGCAAGAAAAAUGCGGUGAUAUGGGAGAUAUUCCCAAAAUAAGAUUGGCACCGAAAAAAGUACUAAAGGGUCAUAUCAAUAAAGUAAAUUCCGUACAUUUUGCUGGAGAUUCUAGGCACUGUGUUACGGGUUCGUUGGAUGGUAAGCUAAUUAUUUGGGACACAUGGACGGCAAAUAAAGUGCAGAUUAUUCCUCUGAGAUCUGCCUGGGUUAUGACAGUGGCAUUUUCACCAUCGGGUAAUUUUGUGGCAUGUGGCGGUAUGGACAAUCAAUGUACAGUAUAUGAUGUCAAUAAUCGGGAUGCAUCUGGUGUGGCAAAAUUAACAAGAGAAUUAUUGGGUUAUGAAGGUUUUCUCAGCUCCUGUCGUUUUCUGGAUGAUACUCAUUUAAUUACUGGAUCGGGUGAUAUGAAAAUCUGUCAUUGGGACUUGGAAAAAGGUGUGAAGACCAUGGAUUUCAAUGGUCAUGCUGGUGAUAUUGCCGGUCUGUCAUUGUCUCCAGAUAUGAAUACCUAUAUUACGGGAUCUGUAGAUAAAACCGCCAAACUUUGGGAUGUACGAGAGGAUGUACACAAGCAAAUGUUUUUCGGACACGAAAUGGAUGUUAAUUCAGUUUGUUAUCAUCCAAAUGGCAUGGCGUUUGCAUCAGCUUCGGAAGAUCAAACUGCUCGUAUGUACGAUAUACGAGCUGAUCAACAAAUUGCUUUAUAUGAACCGCCACAAAAGAAUACAGGUUUUACAUCAUGUGCUUUAUCAACCAGUGGCCGUUACUUGUUGUGCUCUGGUAUUGAGGGUAAUAUCCAUUCUUUCGAUACCAUGAAAGUGUGCCACAAUGGAAUGAUGGCUGGCCAUGAAAAUCGUAUAACAUGCAUAAGCUUGUCACCAAAUGGCAUGUGUUUGGCAUCUACUAGCUGGGAUCAACAAGUUCGCUUGUGGUUAUAAAUUAUUAUGCAA